UUGAAGGCCCCUUUCCAGCUCUGACAUUCUAUGACCAGGAUUCUGCAACCUAGUACCUUCAUCAGUACUUGAAGAUGGAUUGAUAGAACCUCUAUGACAUCGAAUAGUACCUCUGUGACACUGGGCAAGUCAUUUUUCCUUUCUGGUUUUGCCUUUGCCACUAAGUCUCUGUGUGAUACUGGAUGAAUCACUUUCUUUCUUUCUUUUUAUCUUGGUUCCUCAUCUAUAAAGGAGAGAAAUGAACUAAAUAACCUCCAAGGCAGGGGUUAAAUAUUUUGAUAACUAUAUUUCAAUAUAAUUAGCUUCCUUUAUAAUCCUUUCUAUUUUAUUCAUUUAAAAAUAUUCUAAGAAGGGUUUAAUAGGCUUCUUCAGAUAGCUCCAGAGGUCCAUGAUCCACCAAAAAUAGAUUAGGAAUCCCUUCUCUAAGGUCCUUUUCUGUUCUAAAUUGUAUGAGAAUGUGUAAGGGGAAAAAGAAAAACUGCCAAACUUGAGAUUAGGAAUAUGUUUCUUCUGACUUCAUUCCACUCCCCACCCCUAAUAACCUCCCUGUCCCCCAAUAUAAACCUUUUGCUUCGUUGGCAGAUCACGUCACCCAUCUCAGGAAUCAAUGGAGACAUUCGGGCCAAGAAAAUUGCUAACAUUGCUGAUGUAUGUGAAUCCAUGAAGGAGCAGCUUUUGGUGCUGGUGGAAUGGGCCAAAUACAUCCCUGCCUUCUGUGAACUGCCCCUGGAUGACCAGGUGGCCCUGCUUAGGGCUCAUGCUGGGGAGCACUUGCUUCUGGGGGCCACCAAACGGUCCAUGGUAUUCAAGGAUGUGUUGCUCUUAGGCAAUGACUACAUCGUCCCACGGCAUUGCCCUGAGUUGGUAGAGAUGAGUCGUGUUGCAGUGCGAAUCCUGGAUGAGUUGGUGCAGCCCUUCCAAGAGCUUCAGAUUGAUGACAAUGAAUAUGCCUGUCUGAAGGCUAUCAUCUUCUUUGAUCCAG